UUACUUUCGGGCGAAGUUGGACUACUUCGAUUGUGUUACAUUUUUCAGCAGUGAGUUAGGUAACGGGGUUCGUCCCCCCUUAUGUUGCUUCACUGUUGUGACAAUUGCUUGAAGACGUUCUGACCUUUAACGAUUUCGCAAUCGUUAGUUCACAAUUUGCACUGUCUCUGCUCCUUCGCUGGUUUAGCAAAAAAGGCAAUUUGUCGACGAAAAUGGUAGUUUCAUUCAGCUCGAAGGGGCCAUAUCCUGUGCGAGAGCCUACAGCACUGCUCAAUACGGGGGCAGGAAUCAUUAUUUGUGUUUCUGACCCUGCGAGGGGGGCGAGUUCUUUUAUGCAUUGCUCGCGACUUCUAACAAAACCUGCACUGAUUACUGACAAGAAUGGGACUGGAAAUACUCAAUUGACGGGAAAGCCGUCGCGUGUUGCCGUCGCGGCUCGACCAGGCAAACAGAAUGAAGAGCUGAAAGAUAGCAUCGUGUAUGUAAAGAAGACUUUGCGCAGCUCGCCGCGUAUCAUUUAGCCUAUACAUGGUAGGCAAACAAGACUAAUAUUAUAUACUUUUUACGCGUAGGUCGAGGAGUUCCUCUUCUAAUCUUAAUCAAAUUCUCCUCAUUACGAGCGCAGAACAACAAAGCGCAUUUAU